UUUGCGAUUCUUUUAUUUUUUCCUCCAGAAGAAUGCCUGUGCUGAAUGGGAGGCAUCUUUGCCAUUUCCGCUGGGCUCAAUCCAUAUUGAAAUUUAAGUUUGAAAAGGAGUACACUUGCCCCCGAUGCGAGUCUGGCUUUAUUGAAGAAGUGACAGAUGAUUCCAGUUUUCUAGAUGGUAGUGGCAGCGGAAUAGACGACAGUCCAUCCACACAAUUUGCAGAGUUUUGGGACCACUUGGACCACACGAUGUUAUUCCCAGAGUUCAGACCGUUUCUGAGCAGCAGCUCGCUGGAGCAAGACAGCAGAGACAACGAAAGGGGCCAUCAAGCGCAUGCGGAUCUCUGGGGACCGAGCAGGCCCCCACGGCUGCCCAUGACAAGGAGGUACAGAUCCCGGGGCAGCUCCCGCCCGGAUAGGUCUCCGGCUAUUGAAGGAAUAAUACAGCAGAUCUUUGCAGGGUUUUUUGCAAACUCCACAAUUCCAAGCUCUCAGCAUCCGUUCUCCUGGAGUGGAAUGCUGCACUCCAAUCCGGGCGAUUAUGCUUGGGGACAGAGUGGCCUUGAUGCUAUUGUGACCCAGCUCUUGGGACAGUUGGAAAACACAGGACCGCCUCCAGCUGACAAAGAGAAGAUCACCUCUCUUCCAACCGUGACAGUAACUCAGGAACAAGUUGAUACGGGUUUGGAGUGCCCCGUGUGUAAAGAAGACUAUACAGUAGCAGAGCAGGUUCGGCAGUUACCAUGCAAUCACUUCUUCCACAGCAGCUGCAUCGUGCCAUGGUUAGAACUGCACGACACGUGUCCGGUCUGCAGGAAGAGCUUAAACGGCGAGGACUCCACUCGGCAAACACAGAACCCGGAGGCCUCCGCAAGUAACAGCUUUAGCAGUGAAAGCCAAUUACACGAUCGAUGGACUUUCUGAAGCUUGAUGGCUUCCCAGGGGCUUUGCCCGUAGUAUUCUUACUACAGUUGUAAAUUGUAUUAUAAUUAAAACCAACAAAAAAAGAAGAGUAGCAGGAAAUAUAGGGCCGGGGAAGGAAACCUCCCCUCCAUGAUAUUACUGCAAUGAGUGCUGUCCCUUCCAAAACUUAAACUAGCAUCUCCGAGCGAAUAGCAUCUCCAUCAGAAUUGUCUCCGUUGUCCUGAAUUCAGAAUCUUUGAGUGAUGGUUUGAUUUUUAUACUUGUGAAAUCUUAAGUAACGUGGUUCUUUCAAAAUGUGUAAGGAAGGGUUUCCAACUUGACGGGCACUUUGCAAGUCCUGCGUUCUAUUGUGCAGCCUUCCGAGGUGAGGUGGAAACCCCCUCCUCCCCCAUUGUUCCUAGAUAAAAGCCAUGGAGAGGUUUGGGGUUGAGGUGGGGUCAGGAUUUCUCCCUCUUGGUAAUGUAUUUGAUCAGAUGGGAGCAGCUGCUAAGGUAUGUGAAUGAGAUUUUUGACACAUCUCCCUCCUCCUCUUCCGCGCCCCUAAAGCGGAGUAAAAUCGAAUCCAUCAGUGUUUACCUCUUCUCUUGAAUUCAAGUGAAAUAUGCCCUGGGUUACUCAAGGGGGUGCGAGUGAGAAUUUAUAAGAUCAAAAGGAAUGAAGAGUCCAAAAAU